CUUAAACCACGCCCACCGGAAGUAGGGCAAAUCCCCGGGAAAGUUUCUGUUGAGUUGGUGAGUGCACGACCCACGCAGGAGUUGCCAGAAACAAUGGAGAAAAUCACAGAGAAACUUCUCCUGGAGAAAGGCUCUCCGAAAAGCAAGAAACUUGAAGACAUCAAAACAUUAAAUCUUUCCAAACUGGGGCUAAAAUGUACAGACUUACCGGUCAAGCUGCUGUCCCGUCUUUGGUCCCUGGAGAGCUGGGAUCUGUCUGGAAACAGACUCCAAGAGAUGCCCAAAAACCUGGAGCUGCCCAAACUACGCCGCCUAGACCUGAGCGACAACCAGAUGGAAGACGUCACCCCUCUCGAGUGCCUGUGCAGCCUGGAGGAGCUGAAGAUGGAAGAUAACCUUUAUAUUACCGUGAGUGACAAUUACAAGCUCAUGACGCUGCUGCCCAAUUUGAGGAGCUACAACGGCAAAGACAUCACCACCACCGCCAACCACGUGCGCUUUGUGUUUACAGAGAACCUGAAGACCAGGAUGGUUGCAGUUUGGGAGAAGAGCUUCACCCUCCCGGAUCCUUUCACCGAGCAGAAACUGUCUGUCCUGGAGAAAGACUUUGUUAACGCGGCAUGCCGGGAGGUGAAAUACGGACCCAGUUCGGUCAGCGACUUCACAAAAUGGAAGGUUGCAACCAUGGCCAGAGAGUACCUUCACUCCCUGAUUGCACCAAAGAAAGAAACGCCCAAGAAGACUUGUGAGGUGUCCACCCCCGUCAAAAGGAAGCACCAAACCCCCGCGUUGACAGACUCCCAAGUCAGCCUGACGCCUUCAAAAAAGCCGCGAUCCGAUCCUUCGGCGUCCCCAGCUGAGGACAGCCCUCGCAAGUCCUGCCUGCGCCUUAAGAAUCAGGCGCUCACCGGCGGUGUUCCCUUGAGCCCUGCCAGGAGGAGUUCGCGUCCCCCCACCCCUACCCGGGCGUCGGCGGAGAAGGCGGCAGCAAGAAAGCCUUGCAACGUGCGGACGAUGAAGAUAGUGGCGGCUGAUGGAGCUCGGGGUCAACGUGGGGAGAACACAAGUGAUGAUGCGAUAAAGAAAAGCCGUGGCAGGACACAGCCGGUGCACCUGCAGCCUCUUCACGUGCUGCAGUGUCACAGCAAGCAGGACAACUCAGAGGACUUCUCCACUCAGCUUUGGGCCUGCGCCUUCCAGCCUCAGCAUGCCUCUUCGGCAGGAAGCCGCUUGGUCGCCACCUGCGGGGGAGACUCCGUGUGUGUGAUAGACUGCGAGGCAGGCAUGGUCAUGAAGAAGUAUAAGGUCCCUGGAGAGGAGUUCUUCACCCUGGCCUGGUCCACGGUGCUGAUGUCCAGAGGGGGCGGGGCCUCAGCACAGACUUGCAGCAUACUGGCGGCGGGGGGAAAGCGAGGCCUGGUCAAGCUGAUCCACCCCAAAUACAACGUGGCCUACGGAGAGUUCCGGGCCAGCCGCAAGGCGCUGUCGGUGCUGCGCUUCAACCAUCGGCGGGGCAACUUCCUUUUCACGGGCUCGUAUGACAACAAGAUAAUCCUGUGGGACAUUGGCGGUGUGGACAGCAGCUACAACUUCAAAGUCGUGCAGCUGCUGGCGUUGGAGAGCAGCGCCACCCCGCUACACAUCUGCCUGCCCCCCGCCGGGGCCGACGCCCACCUGCUGGCGGCGUGCGAGGACGGCCUGCACUGCUACAACACACAACUAUCCCCCAGCAGCGCCACCAAGAGGUCCAGAGAGGUGGAGAUCACCUUCCCCGUGUACGAGGAGGAGGACAAGGACCACGACUACCACACCGUGGACGGCCUCAGCUUUCUCACGGACGACGUCGUGGCCUCCAAGAACUUCACGCACGGCCGCAUCUACCUGUGGAGCUGGAACAGGACGCGCUCGCAGCGGCCCGGCAAGAGCGGACGCCUGCGAGCCGCCGUCCUGGCCGAGCUGCGCUGGGUCAACACGGAUAUUCCCUACUUGGCGGUCAACACCUGUCCUGGCCGAGCGUACGUCGUAUGCGGAGACAACGAGGGCAGGCUGUGGACGUACCACGUCACCGACAUCCAAAAAGACCGCUUCCAGACGGGGACGGCCAUCGAGCCCACAGAGGUGCUCCAGUGGCCCGCCCCUGUUUGCAAGGGUCUUGGCAAAGUGGAGGGCCCCUCCAUCAACAGCGUGGCCAUGGACCCCGACUUCCAGUACCUGGUGGCCCUCAGCGACAAGAACAUGGUGGUGGUGUGGAAAAGGAUUGCAUCAUCCUGAAGUUGGAACGCUUGAAGAGCCUUUUAUUUUUGUUUGAAAAAGUAGUAAAUGUUGGUGUUGAAGGAGUCAGUGAUAUGUUACACCUAAAACAUAAAUACUACUUUACUGCCUCAGCCUGUAAAAAAAACUUUUUAUUGUUUUCUUGUAAUUUGACAGCAGGAUAUACUGAUUUAUGUCAUGUGUCCCCUAAAAUAAACACAUUGUCAUAAUUCAAACUUAAAUUGG